GUUCAAGGUCUACUAUUUAACAUUUAAUAUGAUUUUGAAAUAGUUAAUUAUGUUGUUUAAGCUGUUGUUAAUAUAUACAAUAAUUGACUUCACGUGCGGUCAACAGAAAGUGUGGACCGACGAUCAUGUUAUCAACGCUCUUGGUGACCAUGGAGACAGGAUUGCUGACCUUGAGAAACUUGUACAGUCACUCGUCGCAAGUCAAUCAGUGCUAAAGAAAGAAUUAGAAGAUCUGAACGCGACAAAUAUGGAACUUUCGGUUCAGUUGAAGAAUAUUACCGACAACUGCCUUAAUUUCAUGAAAUGCUCAGACCUUGGUCAAGAUGCAGCUUCUACGCAUGCGUCGACACAGGUUGUUUCGCAGUCUUCGACCGGAACAACAACAAAACCACAACCUUUAACAACAAAUUCAACAACAACAACAACAUUCACUUCAACUUUACCUACUUCUACAGCAACACAGCCAAAUGGAUUUCAGUCUUGCAGCGAUGCACUAUCCAGUGUGACAAAAGACAAUGGAACGUUUGAUAUUCUAGUUGAUGGAGGCACCAGAGUUGUGACUGUAUUGUGUCAGAAGAUUAAUGGGGACGAUUGGCUGGUCAUACAAAGACGGACGGACGGGUCCGUGGAUUUUAACAGAAAUUGGCAGGAUUAUAAAAAUGGUUUCGGGGACUUCAAUGGAGAAUUUUGGCUAGGUAACGAACAAAUACAUCAGAUCACGUCAAACGGCGUGUUUACGUUACGUAUUGAAAUGAACGAUUGGGGAGGUAACCUUCGUUACGUUCAAUAUGAGCACUUUGACGUCAGUAGCGAGUCAAAUAUGUACACUCUAACUGUAGGAUCAUUCCAGGGAGACGCUGGAGAUUCAUUUCACUACCACCAGUCUGAGUUGUUACGUCACAAUGGUAUGCCGUUCUCAACACCGGAUCGAGACAACGACCGUUCCUUCAUGAAUUGUGCCAACAAACUACAGUCAGGAUGGUGGUUUAACUCCUGCUAUAGCUCUAACCUUAAUGGCAAGUACAUGUCGCAUCCUUAUGGCCAAAGAAUGCUAGGUGAAGCAUCCGGGGAACCAACUCUUGACGGAACUGGCAUAGAAUGGUACCCGUACCGUCACCGCCAGUAUUCAAUGAAGACAUCGAAAAUGAUGAUUAAACAGGCAAACAGCGGAAUGCAUUUCAUUGGAUGAAAAUAACUCGGGUUUUGUAGAAUGGAAAAUAAUCUUUUUUUCUGUUAUUGAAGAGCUUUUUGUAGAUUUGUUUCUCCGAGCAAAAAUUUGCAAAUUUUCACGAAUCUUAAAUUAAAACUCAUUUC